AUGAUGAGCCGUGGACGAAUUUUAGUUAAUAUGGUAGAAGGAAGAGAUAAAGAAAACGUGACCCCUCCUCCUGUCGUACACGCUCACAAUGAGACACUUGAACCAACCGUUGAAGUUGUAGGCGAGCCUAUCCCGAGCACAUCCAAACAACAGGAGCAUGGUCCGUUCUAUUAUAUUUCACCAAUACACAGCGAUGAAAGUGUUAUUGAUGACUCCGACACAGAUCCCACUUUCCGAGUCGUUCCUAAAGGUAAGACCUUGCCUAAAGUUGUGCCAUCAUCUUCAAAUUCGUCCAGCACCAACACUAGCUCCUCGAGUUCGUCAUCUGGUGACAGUUCGUCAUCUUCUGAUAAUUCGUCGGACACCGAAAAUGGUACAGAGCAUGAAGACCCUCAACGUGUUGUGGCUGCUGAAAUUAUUAACCAAGAUCCUGUGAUAGAAAAAAGAAAAGAAGCUUUUAGGAAAACUUGCGUUCGAAAAAGAGUUCUCCGAGCAAGAGGAACUGGGACAGCUACUGAUCAAACGAUUUUUUCAAUUGGUUUAACACAGGCAUAUACUGAGAAAAUUGCAUUGUCGGAUGCAAAAAAGAAAGACAUAAAAGGAUUGAUAGAUAAGAACGUUAUUCCAAAAUCCUAUUAUGAAGUUUAUUAUAAAGGGGUUCUAGGUGAUCUGGGUAAUUAA